AUGUUUGGUAUUCCGAGGUUCUUUGGCUUCCGGGGCCGGUCUCUAAAUUUGGCCAUCAGUUCCCUCGGUAGUCUUGAUUUCUUGCUUUUCGGUUAUGAUCAAGGUAUCACGGGUGGUCUGCUAGACCUGCCGUCCUUCAUCAAGUACUUUCCUGAUAUCGACAACUUGGACCAGACGGUCUCAGAUGCCGUGCGAUCUCAACGUGCUACGAACCAAGGUAUUGCCGUUGCAUCCUACAAUUUAGGAUGCUUUGUCGGUUCCAUCUUAUGUAUCUUCAUCGGUAAUCCGCUCGGUCGACGCAAGACUAUUCUUUGCGGCUGCAUAACUAUGGCUACUGGGGCAUUGCUCCAAUCUACUUCUUUUCAAUUGCCCCAGUUCAUUAUCGCUCGUAUUGUUACAGGUAUUGGUAAUGGCUUGAACACGAGUACUGUUCCAACAUGGCAGUCGGAGUCGUCAAAGGCACAUGAUCGUGGCAAGAUGGUGAUGAUCGAGGGUUCGCUUAUUACAGGAGGCAUUUGCCUUAGCUACUGGAUCAACUACGGCUUUUCCUUUAUCGGAGAAUUGGAAGUUGCAUGGCGUUUCCCUUUGGCUUUCCAAAUCCUUUUCGCCGUGGUGAUUUUCUUCUCUAUCCUCCACCUUCCCGAAUCUCCCCGUUGGCUUGUGAUGCAAAAUCGAGAAGACGAAGCUCUAGAAAUCCUUGAAGCUUUGAACGAGAAACCACGAGACGAUCCCUACAUCGUGAAUGAGCUCAUCGCCAUCCGCGAAACGGUCAAGGAAAUGAACAAGGGCUCGUUCAGGAGCUUGUUCAAGAUGAGCGAGUACCGUGAGUUCCAUCGUGUGGUACUUGCCUACGUCAACCAGAUGUUCCAGCAAAUCUCUGGAAUCAACCUGAUCACGUACUACGCACCCUCGCUGUACAAGCAAAUUGGCCUUGGAGAAGGCAAUCUACCCAAGCUGUUGGCUGCUUGCAACGGCACAGAGUACUUCAUGGCCUCUUUUAUCCCCAUCUUUAUCAUUGAGAAAGUCGGACGUCGGCCCUUGAUGCUUUUCGGAGCUGCUGGCAUGUCAAUCUCUAUGGCCAUUCUAGCCGGUACUAACUAUCGCUUGAUCCACUACAAUGAGAGCGGUGCUGGUGUUGGCCAAGCAGUUUUUCUUUUCGUCUUCAACACCUUCUUCGCCAUUGGCUGGCUUGGUAUGACAUGGCUGUAUCCUGCAGAGAUCGUGCCACUGCGUAUUCGUGCUCCAACAAAUGCGCUGGCGACUAGUGCAAACUGGAUCUUCAACUUCAUGGUCGUGAUGGUCACUCCUGUCGCGUUCGACAGCAUCAAGUAUAAAACCUAUAUCAUUUUUGCCGUCAUUAACUUCUUCAUGUUCCCCGCUGUAUACUUCUUCUUCCCCGAAACACGCUACCGUUCCCUGGAGGAGAUGGAUGCCAUCUUCAAGAAGUCGUCCAACAUCUUCGACGUUGUUGGAAUCUCUAUCAAGGAGCCAUAUCGCUAUGAUAAGCACGGACAGCUUAAGCCGGAGUACCUCGAAGAGGCUAUUCGUCGGGAGAGCGUUCGGCGCGAGUCUGUUAUCCAUGAGGACUCGGGUGAGAAAUUUGACAGUGAUGAGAGUGCGAAUGAUAAGCCUGCAGCGAUUGGAUAUGAA